CACUGUCUAAACACGCUGCUCUCUGUUUAAAAAAAGGGUAGAUGAAGUGUGCUCAAUGUGAAACUGCGUGCCGGACCGCUGUUGCGUAACAGACGUGCCAGGCGGGAGCGUUGGAGGCGAUCGUGUUUAUCCGCUUGUGAGGAAGAGAAAGAGAGAGAGAAAAAAACUGAGAGGGAGGGAGCGAUGUAGAGAGAGAUGGAGCGGCUGGAGGGGGCGGACAUCUCCCUCACUAGCUCCUGGAUAGAGAGCUGGCAGUGGUGCAGAGGCUGCCGAAUGCAACCUCUCCGUGCCGUGUGUCGAUAGAGGAGCGUUUUCACCUGCACGCAGCGGUGAACCGGGACUAACGUUUGUGGGUUUUUUUUUUUUCUCUCCCGCGUCGGUAUGUGAUCGUCCUCGUACGCUGCUGCCGCAGAGGACGCCAUCGGAGAGAGAAAGAGAGAAAGAGAGAGGAGCUGCACACACCCGCAGAAACGCAGUGGAAGGAUGUUGUGACGCACUGACAGACAGCCAGAGGGACCAGUCACUGCUCACCACUCAGAGGCCGACCAUGGCUCCCGUGUCUCGCCUUUUCCUGGGCUUCCUCAUCUCACUCCUCCAUCCUUUAGAAGCCCAAACCAUCAUCGGCUCGUCCUCCCUCCCCCACCUGGGCCUGCCAGGGGAUUCAUCACCUCAGCCAACCAAGCAGACUGCUGGAUUCUGGCCCUCUCUUCCUCCCAGAGGGCGCAGCGAUGUGCCUAUCAGAGCUACAGCUCAAGAUAGACUGACAACAAUGAACACAGUGCAACAGGGGCAAAUGAUUCCCCGACCUACUGCGCAGUCGCCUCCUUCUUUUAUAUCUGCCCUUUCUACGCAGAACCUCAGCAGCAGGCCAUUAGUAACUCAACCAACUGCCUCCAGGCCCAGGACUGAUACAGCUAGUUUAGCACUCAUCAGGGCUUUAACGAAAGGAGAUGCUACUACAAAAGGCCUCACUCCACCUCAGCCCACUUUGUCCUCCUCUGCUGUCGCUCAGUCUGCGGGUGAUAAGCCAGUAAAAGCAGGAAAUCCAGAGGUGCAAUCAGUUAAAGAGACGGAGGAUGAUGAUUUGCAGGGUUUGGGAUCGGGUUAUAUUCCAACAGUGAUGAUCACGAAGGAGGAAUCACCUGUAUCUCUGCCAACGGUCGGUGAUGAAAUGGCUCAGUAUCAGCCAAAAGCGCAGACCGCAAUAGCGAAAGCUUCUGAUGCGAAUGCGCCGCCGACGGACGGUCAGACCCUGAAGCCUGACCCGUUUGUUCUCACAACAGUCAGACAAACCUCCACGACGUCAAAGACAGGAGCCACACUGUCGCCUGUGGUAACACAGACGACACCUCGGACUGUAGUCAUACCAGGUGAACUGACAGCGAUCACUCCUUCUACCACCACAGUUACACCAAAGGAGACCUCUGCUGCUGUGACAUUACCCCAAACCACGACUGCCACUACUGGCCCCGUCCAUAAACAGUCACUGACAACCACACAACCUGUUACCACCCAAAGUGGUUCGCAUUCAAACGGCACGACGCAGAACGAGACAACUACAUCUGCAACUAGUACGCUUACUACCACACAGGAGGCAAAAAUGUUGAAUCAACUCAACAAAACAAGACAACUAGGGAGAAAUACAGCGAGCCCAACUAUACAGUCAUCAAGGACAGGGACGUCAUCCUUUCUUGCCACAGGUGUUGUACCUGUCACCCGAACGAGGUUAAGCCCCACAUAUCAGCCCGGUAUCGCUAAGAGGAACCACUCCAUCCUCCUUGGACAUCCACACCAGGCUCCCCGCACUACUUAUAAUCCAGCCCCCUCACCCAGCGCCAGCCCCUCCCCUAACGCCACACUUCUCUACUGGGGGGACCUGAGCCGGACGCUGGCUUUCGCCUGGGAGCUGCAUGUCUACGGCUCGGCAAGCCUCUUCCUCCUCCUAUUUGCAGGUGCUGCUCUCGGCCUCACGCUGUCACCUGGCACAAACUGUCCUCACCGGGGGGCGCUAGCACUCGCCAACGCUCUGCUGUUUCUGGCCGGAGGCCUCCGGGCAGCUCUUUUUUUAAUCGACCCCUAUGGAACACGGAAAUUUCUCCCUCGCCCUGCAGUUACAGCCCUCUACAACCUGCCUCUACACCUGCUGGUGUGGACACAGGCGGCCAUUGCACUGCUUGCACUGAGGGCCGCAGGAGUAAGUGUGUUCCCUUCAACUUUGGAGCGUCCUCCUCUGGUGGCUGUGUUGGCUGUGUUGCAGUGUACCUUGCUGCUGGCUGCUGAUCUGCUUUCCCCAGCCCUGUCCCCUGUGGUGCCCGUCACCCUGCAGGUCCUGUCCCUGUGCUGGGGUCUGGGUCUCUGCCUGGGCUUCCUCUGCUAUGUAUUUCCACGUAUACGCUGCCCUCCAAUUCCCCACCCUGGAGUUCCUGAAGAGGCCAGGAGGAAGGCUUGGACAGGGAGCAGGAGGAGUGUGGUGAUCCUGGCCAGAGUGCUGGCAGUUUGUGCAGUUCUGGGGGCGCUGUGCUGUGGGCUGCAUGUUCAUGCCACCUUAUGGCUCUAUGGACUGCUAGGAAGCUGGACACGUUUUAACUGGGGCUGGUGGCUGGUGCACUUCUGGGCCCGGCUCCUGGAGCUGGCCUGGGGAUUCUCCCUCUUACUCCUUGGUUCCUGGGUGUUCUGGAGGCCUCAGAGUUGCCGGGGAAGGGAUGAGGGCGGACCUGAUGGCAGAGCAGCUGGAGACCUGCCGUCCCCUGGCCAGUCUGUAGGCUCCACUCAGAGACAUACUUGCUGGUCCAAGAUAGUCCAGAGCCUGAGGGGGAAGCCCUGUAGGAAGUCUGACAGUAAUGGGGUGGGAGGAGGGGGAGGAGGAGGAGGAGGACAAGGGGAGAUGCCUAAUAACUGGACUGGCCAUGAGCGUCCUGGAGCAGAUAUCAGUAAGAGUCUGAUCAGGAACCAGAACCACGAGCAGGCCAUUGCACAGCCACGCUGCGUCAAAGACAGCAACCGGGGACGCAACCAUAGGGGCCACUCAGCCGAGCGAGGCAUAUCUGACGGCUCCACAGGCUCCCUGCUGAGACUGCAGGCGCUGGGCCGGCCUCCACAGCGCUCAGUGAGCGGCAGUCUGGAUCAGGAUAGGGACACUUCCGUCUCUCUUUAUGAGUUCGAUCUGCGGCCCCCAUCUCCCAUCGACCUGACCCGCAGCAUUGACGAGGCUCUGCACAGGGAACACCUGCUUGGAGGAGGGAGCUUGUUUCAUCCUUUGAACCCAGCCUCACAGUCCCCCUCCCCGGGCUCAGGGGUCAGCCAGGGUCCCUGGCUCCGCAGAAACAGUGAUCCUCAGAUGUCUGAGAGCAGCGACGCCCCAACAGAGUCUUCCAUGCCACUAGGGGGCAGCGUUCUCAGCAGCGUGCCCAGCAGGCAAGUGACUGCUCCCCCGACACCCUCCCACCAGGGACACAGGUGGGCUGGGAACACGGCAGGAAGCGUCCCUUCAUCAGUGUCCUGCCCAGUGUCACUUCGUCCCUCCAGAACAUCAACGGGGCACCUGGGGGAGGACGGAGUGGACGACACACGGCCAUUUAUCACCCCAGACUCAGAGACGGUGCGAGGGAGAGCCGGGAGACCGGUGGGUUCCCGAAGUUACUUGGAGGUCAGCCGACACGACGACUCUGCUAGCGUCAGCAGUGAAAUUAUUGAUCUAUGAACCAAACCUUGGACACGAGGACCAAUGACUGCAUCAAACACAACAAUCUAACAAAUACUUCUUCUCUAACCAAGACAAAUAUUGGGCACAUUUGAUCAGUGUACUGCAGAAAUACAACUUCUUUUUAGAAGAGGGGAAUCAUUUAAAAGUGUUUCUGGGUGAUGACCUCAAAGGAUAUCAUCGAGUCGCCUUUUACCUCGAUAAGAGGCUUUAAAAACAGUGUUUGUGAAACAGAUAUGGUACCUUUUACUCUGAGAGUAAAACUGGGCGAUAUAGCACAGAUAAACAACACAUGACACGUAUAAUUCUUCUCAACUCUAUCUCAACAACACAUUAUCUCCCUCGCUUUUGUUUCCCUUUUUUUUUAAACACACACACACACACACCUGCAUAACACUGGUAUAACUUCAAGUACACUGGGACCAUGAAUACAGUCCUGAAGUCCUAAAAAAAUGGCUCUUUAGCAAGAACCUUAUUGUGGAGGGUGCGUGUGAUUAAAUUGUAAUUACUGUCUGGGAACAAACACAAUUAAGAGCGUUUCAAUAGGGGAGAGUUUGAAGAGUAGAGGAAAAAUGUGGCUGUCAGUGUCCGUAGGUCUUAUUUCUAUUGUUUCUUUGAAAAAAAAAAAAAUGUCAACAUAUCAACUCUUGUGAAUUUCAAGCUUCAUAGACUUUAUUUUCUGUCUUUCAUAUUUUCAGCUUGCUUUGUGAUGUAAAGAUGUGCCAUACAUAACCUCGGUUUGUUCUGUGCUAUUUUUAUGGUUUCUAUAAACCCAUUAUUUGGGUUAACUCUCUAUCGCGUCUUAUCGGUGUCCCGGUGACUCACCUAUGGAUUACUACUUCUAAGCUAUCAUGCUGCUGCUGUCAUUUUCCCGUCUGCCUUGUAUGUCAAUGUGAAGCCGCUUACGCAAAAGAGACAGGCGGUAAACAACGGCCGGAGAACAUGCAGAGACGCGUGCUUACAAUUCAAAUUGUUGCUAAUGCUUUUUCGCUGUAGGAGAAAUAGUCAAACUACAUUCACCUUAACAGAUGUCAUCGUUUCAUUUUGCUGUAGGACAAAGCUUUUGCAACCAGUAAUUACGUCCAGUUAUCGCCUCUGACUGCAUUUUUUUUUUUACAGAAUUUGAUGAAAGAAUAUUAUAAUCAUGAAGCCUGUCAGUUGCAUCGAUCAAUUCCCGAAUGUUUGAUAUGUUAACUAAUUAAAAAAGCUGCACAGCUUUGCAAGGCUGCACCCCACACGACUGGCUUGGCAUGAGCCUCAGAUCUCUUAUACUAGACCUAAACUCGAUAAACGAGCACUAAACUGUAAGCCUGAGCACUAGACUGAAGUAUUUUACUACUCAAGAGGAAAAAUAGCUUUCAAAUAUAUGAUGUAUAAGCAACAAUGUAAAUAAUGUUAUUUUUUUGAUGUUCAUGAAUAAAGGUGUAUUUGAAACAUA